ACAAACUCCGCCACUCUCCACAGCACAGGCGGUCGUGUUGCCGCCUACUGACCAGACAACCUCAUCGACAGAGGAGGUGUAGGCUAUAUGUGGACCUCUGUCUGCUCUUCAUUCAGACAUACCGGCGGAAAAUACUAUCUGUAGAAAAUUUGAAUGGGGUGACUAUAGGGUUCCAGCGCUUUCCAAAGUAGCCUCUAUAGCAGUGACGCGUGCGGUCUGGGAUAGGAAUGACUAAAACAUCAGAAGCGAGACGAAACAGCCUACAUACCUUGUUGGAUUAACAACAUUAAUAGACUAAACUUGCAACAGGACAGUCGGGCAGGAGACUGAAAACAUUCCAGGCUGACUGGCUGUCUGUCAUGAAGAAGCGAGCCAAUGAGGUGUUGGAGCCGGAUGAGCCUCUGUGCUGCUGUGAGUUUGUGGACCUUCAGGGGGGGCGGAGCCAUGUGGCAGCCUGCUGCUGUGACUGUGAGGACCUGGACGAUGCCUGUGACAGAUGGCUGAAGAAAGAGCCCCAGAAGGCAGAUUCACUGUCCCGUCUGGUUACCAUGGUGAGCGACCGCCUCCGUGUUCCCUGGUUCUGGGGCGGAGCCCGGCGUGUUGAUCUAUCGGUGCUGCCCCCGAUGCUCCUACUUCCUGUCCUCCUACACAUCGCAGCCCUUCACUUCCUGUUGGGCAUGGUGGUUCUGACUGCUCUACCGGUACUGGUUCUAUGGUACUACUACGUCACCCACCGUAAGAAGGGCCGGACUCUGUUCUUCCUCAGCCUGGCCCUGUUCUCCCUGGGCUACAUGUACUACCUCUUCCUCACCGAGGUCUUCCCCAGGGGGGGUGUAGGGCUGACCCAGCUGGGUACAGUGACCCUGGGGGUGGCCCUCACUCUGGCCUCACUCAUCCACACCAAGAGAGAGCCCGGCUACGUACGGCCUCACACGGCCGACGUCCACAGCACGGUGACCUAUCACAGCUCACCUCCGGACAGAGACCCCGCCCACACCAGCCUCAACGGGGUUGGGCAGGAAGUAGUGCUAGCCAAUCGAGGGAGUGGGUCGGAGCAGCAGGGCCAAGGGGUGGAGCAGAGGGAGAGUGGGCGGAGCAGGAAGUGGUGCUCUCUGUGCAGGGUGGUGCGGCCCCCCAGAGCGGGACACUGCAGGAUCUGUGGUGUCUGUGUCCUGAGGCUGGACCACCACUGUGUCUGUACUGUGUAUUGUCUGUCUGUCUGUGUGUCGUGUCCGUCAUGUCGCCACUGUGGCAGGAUAAACAGUUGUGUGGGCCAGGCCAAUCACUGCAGCUUCCUGUCGACACUCCUCCUCUUUCUGUUGACCUCUCUGUAUGGAAUCAGUCUGGUGCUGCGCAGCGUGUGUCCCCAACAGAACCUGCUCAGCGCCCUGCUCUACUGCCCAGGCGUCUACAAUCAGUACAGCUCGGCACUGUGUUUCACCUGUGCGUGGUACAGCAGCAUAGUGACGGGUGGCCUGCUACACCUUCUGGUCCUGCAGCUCAUCAACGUCAGCUACAACGUGACGGAGCGAGAGGUGCGCACCGCCCUCCGAGACAAGACCGCCCGCAGCCACUACUGGGGCCUCGUCGUAGACACGGGAGUCUACUCACAUGGUUUCCGUGGCAACUGGGCAGAGUUCCUGACAAUGGGAGAAGGCCUGCACACACCCUCACCCAGUCUCACUGACUUGGUGUAGCUGAGCUGCUCAUCAUCGUCAUUACAUCUUUAGAAGUGAUUGAUCAAUUGGACGAUCCAGGUAGAAGUUGCCCACAGAAACAGAUCUAGGAUCAUUUUACCCUCAUACCACAGGAGGCUGCUGAGGGGAGUGCGGCUUAUAAUAAUGGCUGUAACGGUGCAUAUGGAAUGGCAUCAAACACGUGGAAACCAUGUGUUUGAUGUAUUUGAUACCAUUCCACUAAUGCUGCUCCAUCCAUUACGACGAGCCCGUCCUCUCCAAUUAAGGUGCCACCAACCUCCUGUGCCUCAAAGAAUCCUGACUUGAACCGUUAGGGGGAAGAACACAAGACAGACCUUGGGUCAGUGUCUAGGGGUAACUUCACCCUCAGUGAUAUGGGCUAUAGUUGAAGGAUGCAUCUGAUGUACUGUCUUUCACCAACAGAUGGCAGCAUAUCUCCACACCUCAGACUUCUGACUGCCAUCACCUUCUCUCCCCAGUUGUCCCAAAUAUGUAUAUAUACACUAGAUAACUGACAGGAGGCACUGUAUUGAAGCACCUCCAUCUUGGCACUGCCCCACCGUUGUAAAAAAUAUUUUGGAAACUAUAGAAAUGCAUUUACCAAAUGUCUACAUUAGUUUUUGCAACGUUUAUUCUGUUACAGACGCCUUAAUGCAGCAUUUCCCAAACUCGGUCAUCAGGAACCCAACGUGUGCAUGUUUGGGUUUUUGCUCUAACACUACACAGCUGAUUCAAAUGAUCAAAGCUUGAUGAUUAGUUGAGUAUUUGAAUCAGCUGUGUAAUGCUACGGCAAAAAACAAAAUGUGCCCCCCUUAGGAUCCCGAGGACCAAGUUUGGGAAACCCUGCUAAUAAAUUACACUGAAGAAAAACAUAAACGCAGCAUGUAAAGUGUUGGUCCCAUGUUUCAUGAGCUGAAAUAAAAAAAAUCCCAGACAUUUUCCAAACGCACAAAAAGCA